CAGGGAGGAGAGUCACAGCAGCCUCAAAUUGAUCCUAUUAUCGAUCAAGGUCCUGCUAAGAGAAUGAAGUUCUAAUGCUCAAUCAAGAUUUCCUUCUUCAACUUUACAUGUCAGAUAAAUAGAAUCUUAGUUUACUACCUCUCUUUACCCUCCUAUAUAAACAUACAACACUCAACCGUGGUUUCAAGUUUCAACACUAAAUCAAUUAAGUUCAAUAACAUAUUCACCAGUUUACGUUAGAAAAUCCUAGAUGGAAACCAAGCCAUCCAAGUCCAGCGUCCUCCUAUACGUUCUUGUUCUUGCGCUGGUCUUGUCUCCAAUACUCCCAUGUCAAGCAGCUAGUGUGCAUCUAGGAGGUGGAGGGCGUAAGUUGAUGGCACCGUCACCACCACUUCUCAUGUGUCCACACUGUGCGUGUUGCGCAGCGGCUCAACCUGGCUUUUGCUGCCCAUGUAGCUGUCCCGGUGGUCCAUAAUGAUUGUGACUUGGCUAUUGGAGGGGAUGUGAAGUGUUUGAUAUGAUGAUAUCUUUGUAAUAUCUUAUAUGUAUGAAUAAGUGAGUAAUCAAGUACUCUGUGUUUUUAAUAAGAAAACUUUUGGGUUC